AUGCUCGCCACUACAAUUAUCUCAUUACUAUUUCUGGCAUUACCAGCGCGAUCAGCAACCGGUCAAGCUACAAACUUCAAUAUCAGUAUAGCCGAGCUCGAAUCAUAUGGAUGCAAUGCAUCCUGUCAAGCAAUCCUAUCCGUAUCUAAUCCUGCCGACCUCGAAACCACAGGUACAGAAUUCGACUUUGAUUUCUACAGCACACCAAUCAAUUUCUCUUCCUCUGCUCCAGGUGAUCUUCUGAAAAUGCAGCCUGUCGAUAGCUCUACCCUGGACAUACCCGAUGGCAUUGCAACUUUCCGAUUUCAGUAUACUUCUAAAGACUUAGAUGGUACUAUCGUCCCAUCCAGUGGCUUUAUAGCAUUUCCUUUUGCCUCCCCAGCCAAUGGGAGCCAGUUUCCACUUGUCGCGUUUGCCCACGGUACAAUUGGUGUUCAUCGAGGAUGCGCACCCUCGUCUUCCACUAAUCUUUUUAAUUAUAAUAGCUGGGCCCAAUUGGUUUACGGUGGCAAUGCUGUUGUAGCCACGGAUUAUGCCGGUCUCGGAAACAACUAUACCUUACACAAAUACUCUGCUUUCACGGCCCAUGCCAAUGAUAUAUACUAUUCCGUUCAGGCAGCUCGGAAAGCAUUUCCUGGUAUGUUCACAAAAGAAUGGGCAAGUCUAGGACAUUCUCAAGGUGGUGGCGCCGUAUGGAAGCUAUCGGAGCAUCCUCUUGUACAGAAAAAAAGCUCUGGAUAUCUUGGAACAGUCGCCAUAUCUCCCGCAUCUAAGCUUUAUGACAUGUCAGUCGAGACGUUCAAAAGCAUAAUCCCUCGUCCUGAUUUUCAUCAAUUUGUCGCUACUGCCGAACUUGGCCAGCUUGUUUACGGCCUCAAGGCAACCUUUCCCAAUGACACGGCACCAUUGUUGGCCGAUGCGAUGAGAAAGCGGGUGGAGUUGGCCGAUGUCAUGCAGUCAUGCACUUUAUCUUCUAUGGGCCUCUCCCUAGACUUGCGACGGGACCAGUACGCAGUCGCUAAUGGAACACCUGCGACUGAUGAAUUACUCAAAAAAUUCCAGGACAUGAACGCACCAGCACAAGGUGAUUGGGCUUCGAAGGCAAUAUUGAUCAUCCAGGGCUGGAACGAUACCUCAGUUCUCCCUCAAACUACCUUGGAGUCAUUCCAGGCAACUGUGAAUGCAGGAAAUGUUGCACAUUUGAUGAGAUAUCCGGGACUAGACCACUCUGCGACAAUCACAGCUUCUACUCCUUUGUGGUUGAAGUAUCUAGCUGGGUUGUUUGCUCAUAAGAAACAACCCCACAAGUCGUCGGAUACCACGAUUGUGCCAUUUAAUGUAAACGUGGCCAAAACCCCAUUGGAGCUUCCUACCAACGAGGAGCCUCUAUUGAGCCUACUAGGGUGA